AUGAGUGGAGGAAGCGGCCACGGUUACGGCUACGGGGUCUCCGGUGCCAGCCGGUAUGACACCGGCAAUGGUGGCUACGGCAAUGGCAACCUUGGAGCGAAUGGUUACAACGACCGAGCCCCCGGGGGUACAGGAGGCGGGGCAGGAGGAGACAGAGGAGGGAAUCGUGAUCGCCGCCCCGGUGGCUAUGGCGGAUUCUAUCCAGAGUCUACACAGCAAUCAUCUCUCGCACCCCCAGUUCAACCAUCCCCGGAGCGCCGACGCGAUCGGGCAGAUCGGGAUCGACAGCAACAGCCACCACAGUCUACUUCGCGGUCACGGACGAGAAAUGGAGAGGUGGAUAGGAGAUAUCAGGGUGCAAGGGAUGAUCGCACCCGCGAGGCUCCGCGGUACCAACAAGAGAGUCAGAGUCGAGAUAUGAAUGUUCCUGAUGCCAGGGUGGUGCGGAGCGAUACGACUGAAAUGCGAUCUGUGGAAGAUGUCCUCCAGUCGAUUCAGCGUGAUUGGGAUUUCAUGACCGACGCCGAAUGCAUUCCCGUGCAUGUCGCCCUCAGCCUGAUGGAUACAAGCACAUUAGGCAAGGCAGACCGAGAGCCGGACUUCCAAAACAUGUAUAACCAGAUUCAGCAGACGCUCAAGGCAAUCGUGAACGAGCACCAUCAGGGCUUUAACAGUUCUAUCGGAACGUACCACAUGAUUCAGUCCAAUAUCUCGAGCUCGCAAGGACGAGUGCGCAACCUGAGGAACUCCCUGGAGGAGGCAAAAUCAGGGUUGUUGUCCACGAAGCCAGAGCUGAAGGGGCUGGCUACUUCGUCGCAGAACUAUGACGACAUCUUGCAGCUGUUUGCUCAGAUCGAGGAGAUUCAGUCUCUGCCGGAGAAGCUCGAGUCCCGCAUCUCCGAUAAACGGUUCCUUGCAGCUAUCGAAGCUUUGCAUACUGGUCUUCGGUUACUGCGGCGCUCUGAGCUCGAAGAGAUCGGUGCUCUCUCCGACAUUCGUGCUUACUUCAAUAAUCAGGAGACCUCUUUGACGGAUAUCUUGAUUGAGGAGCUGCAUGAUCAUUUGUACUUGAAAUCUCCAUACUGCUCCGACCGUUGGAAGGCUCCUGCCGGGGAGGGAGACAUCAACUCCAGCACUUGGACAGGGAAUCGCUCAUGGGAACGCCCCGUGUACAGUUUCUUGGCCAAGUUUGACGCGACAACUCCAAUGGUUGAAGACGCGUCUCGCAACCCUGAGGCAGACACCUUCUCAUACAUUCAGCUGCUGAUUGAGGCAUUGAACCGGAUGGGCCAUCUCGAUACUGCUGUGGAUCAAAUCGCGCAACGUCUUCCAGUGGAGCUUUUCGCUGUGGUCGACAAGACCAAUGCCGAAGUUGACGCUCGCUAUCCCACUCCGAACCGAACAUUUUCGUCCCAUGAUAACCAGCUCAAGUCCAAUUUGCCAACUGAAACUAUCGAAGAGCGUGGUCAUGUACUGACCGAGUUCCUGUGGGCUCUAUAUGCGAAGUUCGAAUCUAUUGCAGAGGGCCACCGAGUUGUCAAUGAUGUGAUUGCAGCAAUUGUCGGACGCGAGGGUGCUACUAAAAGGGACACCCUCUCUGGUGGAUUCAAGGAAUUGUGGAAGCUCCUGCAAAGUGAAAUUCGAUCACUACUCCAUGAUUAUCUUGCCACUGAUGGACAGACAUCUUUCAGAUCGAGGGCUGAUGAGGCAGAUGCUCGGCGGCACCUCGCUGGGGGGAACAGGGAUAAGAACAAAAGAAUGUUCAAGCUAUCCGACAUUGAACAGAGCUCAGAAAUGAAGGUAGAGCAAGAUGAGUUGGAUGAGAUUCUCCAAUUAUCUGUUCCAGGUCUGGUAUCCAAGACCCGACAAAAGACGUCUGCAAACGAUGCUUCCCCCUCGAGGCAAGGCAAUUCAGGAACCGGCCAUAAAAUUUUGCUUGAACCUAGUGUCUUUAAUAUGAGACUGCUUCUCCCGCCGUCAUUAUCCUUCAUUCAGCGUCUCAAGGAUAUCGUGCCUGUCGACUCGGACAUCUCCAUGAGCACACUGACAUCUUUCCUUGAUGACUUCCUGGUCAACGUCUUCCUCCCCCAGUUGGAUGAGACUGUGACCGAUUUGUGUACGCUGAGCUUUAUUGCUGCUGACGCGUUUACGGAAGACCCGCAAUGGACCAAGGUCUCGCCGCGGCCUAUUUUCAAGGGCACGGUCAAGUUUAUGUCUAUCGUACGAGAGUUUAGCAAGAUGUUGUCGAGUAUUCCGCAUGAUCAAGCAUUUACGCAGCUCCUGAUCGACCAGAUCGUGACUUACUACGAUAAGUGCUGCGGGUGGUAUAAGGCGAUGGUUACCAAGGUUUCUGCAAGAAAUCAUGGUGGCGAAGUCCGAUUGAAAGCUGCUGCUUCAUUUGCAGAAUCUGGUGACAUCCGUGACGUCGUUGAAGAGCUUUGGAAAGGAGCCGGUGCCAAGAAACAAACGCUUCUAGAUACUGAAAUCGAUCUUCUUCUCAAGCGAACUGACCAGGUCCCCUUGGAGCGGUAUGAUAUCAUAUCAGAUCCGAAGACGGUCGUUGCACUUUCGCUAUUGUACAACAGCAUGCAAUGGCUUGGAAGCCACCUUUCGAAGAUCAGACUGAUUGUCGACUCAUCAACGGAGGCAGAUAGAUCAGUUUUGACAGCGAAUGGUCGUCCAUCUCGUCGAUGGACUCUAUUUGGAGCUAUGAAACCCAAGCGCGACAGCAUCAACAUGCCUGUAUACUUGCCGCUGAACCAUGAAACGGCCACAGCGUUCGAUCAAACUCUCGAAUCACUGCAUGGACUUGGAUCCAAUGCUCUUCUGACAAUGCAUGUUGACAUCCGCUGUGGCAUCAUCCACAUGCUGACGAAAACCAUGUCGGGACCCAACCCGCCGACUGUGCGGAACUCUGUACCCCUGACGCCAUCUCCCGGCACAACCGAGAACUGGUGGCAUAUUCUCCUGAAUCAACCGACUGCUGCAUCACCUACGAUUCUGCAGUUGAAUAGUGAUCUGAUCGGGUUUGAUACUAAUAUUUCCACCUACUUGGGCCCCGCUGAGCACUGGUUCAUUGCAUCUGGAUUGGCGCGUUUCAUCGAUAGAGUGUUUGUGGCAUGCACCCGCUACAUUGGUGCCAUGAACGAGAAUGGUGCUCUUCGCCUACAGCUGGAUGUACUUGUUCUGCAGCAGAACUUGAAGAACAUCAUCAUUGACCCCGUCGCGACGGAAGGAAACGAGUCGACCUCUCAGGAGGUGGUGGCGCUGCCGAGAAGUGCCAAGUUCUUGGACUGGUUCCUAGAUGGGGCGGAGAAAGCCCUAGACUACGCUAAAGAAGAGAAAGAGGCUUUCGCAGCACAGGGCGAUAAAGCUCUGGCCGCUGGCAACGGUGAACCGUUCACCUAUGACGAGCUCCGAGUUCUUGUAGACCUGUGUUUCUCGGAGAUCUCUCGCGGGCCUCGGGGUGCCGAGAGUCGGGAGGACUUUAUGGCAGCGAAGAAGGCCAGCGCCGAUGCGUUGUUGCGCCUGAAUGAGAUCAUGUGGGAUGCGCGAUAG